CAGAGUGUAUCCAAGACGAACUUUGAAGUCUGUCUGAAAGACAUCCAGAGAUAUGAUGCAACUCACGACCAAAUCACUGUCAAUUUCUUGGCUGUUGGAUGUAAGUAUGCAGCAUGCAAAAACGUCCACUGACAGAGACAUCAUUUUUCUUUCAAUAAGCGUUCUUGAAACAUUUUGACUACCUUCUAAAGGUGACAUACUAGCAUUGUAACGCUCAGUAAGGACUCGGAAAUGAAUAAAAAAAGUCAUUUCAUUAGCAAUUUGGAGCUACUGCCAUGCUAAAUACACGGUCCGUUCAUAUUAAAUGUCACCAUGAAGACUGCCACUGAAUGAAGCCGAAGCAUUAACUUUCUUAACAAGCUGAUCUGAACAUUUAAUCUCGCGCCUAAUGUAACUCUGAUUGGAGCUUUUAACUUGAGGUUUUUCACAAGCCAUUAUUUUUCUUUUUCAGAUUAUAACCCAUGCAUUGGCGUUACAUGUCCAUAUUACGCAGUAUGUCAACCAAUCAGUGAAACUAAAUACAACUGCACGUGCCAACCUUGCAAAUUUAAUGAAUCAGAACCACUCUGCGACAACAACGAUGUCACCCACCAAAGCAUCUGUAAAUACAAGUACAAAGUCUGUUUGGAUAAAGAAGAACCCGGGAUUAAACACUAUGGAGGCUGCAAACGUAAGUAUUGGAUUUUAUCAAAUUCAAAUUUGCAAAAUGCAUGUAAAAACGACACAACGAAACUGCGUAUUAAGAGAGUAAUCCAAGUUAGGCUUCAAAAACAUCAGCUUCUAACUGAAAUGAGAUCUAAAAACCGAGAUAUUACGGUGUAGUUAAAUUAGCAAUGCUGAAAAGACAACUGCAGUGAAUGAUAGAUUGCGGCGCGAAUUUCAGAGCCCAGAGCAUAUCGUGUUAUAAGCUCCCAGAAGCACUAGAGCGAGGGUCAAACCAGAGAUUGCUGUAAGUUAGCACUAAAAUAGCUUUCCAGCAUUGCAUUGAUGGCGUUUUUUGGCCUUGUUGAAUGUCGUCUGCUUUAAAGACUGGUCGGUUUCUUCCUCAAGGCGCACGUGGCAUAUUCUCGCGGAGUGCGCGAGCCUCACACAGUCUUGCACUUGUUUUCACCAUCGCUCUAGCACUUUUAUUUGAUCGCUUCGACGUGCUUGACCUACAAAAAAUACGGACUGUUUUGCAGACUUAAGUAGGAGUAAGUUAGGAUGUGCGCUGAUUUUAUUUUCUCAUGAUGGCUUUUGCAGCAUUCGUCAUUCAACGAGGUCGUGUUGCCCUUCGUCUCGAUAAAGUCGAUGUCCAGUGCAGACUUGUCAAAUUCAAAGCGAGUUUCGACGCUAACCGAGGAUCAGUUCACUUACAAACAACCAUCAACUACUUCAAUUACACCGGGAGCUUCGUCCACGACGCCGCUGUAACCUGGGUCGAAAAUGUUAACAUCACUGCCUUUGAAGUGUGCGCACUUAAGGCAGGGAGAGCAGAACGCGUGACACCAGAUGGCGGGAUCACGUUUGUGGACUACAUCGCCUUUCAGGAGGCACCUGUUGACACAAUAGCUGCUAACAUUCCAAUGAAAAAUUGGUGGGAUGGAACUCAAUGCCAGAUGAUUCCUUUAUCGGUAAGCUUAUAUGACAAAUCUGGUAUUAGCGUUUAGUUCUAAAAUUAGUACAAAAGAGACAUUGAUGGAUAGUAAGUAUAGCAAUUAUGAGCCUAGUAAGUGAAUCAGAUUUUUAUCGCUACUGGUGAGAACAAAGUUAGAGAACUUUUCGUCCAAUGCAAAAGCAAUUCAUCACAAGCAGUUCUUAACUAAAAUCGAUAAACGAAAUAACAAAUACUUCCUCGCUAUACAGCAUACCGGUUUUCCUUAAUAUGUGAUUAAAACGUAAAAGCGAACGAUCAGAGAAAAUAUUUUGCGUACAUUAUUGCUCUUUGGCCAAAAGCACCAUUCUUUGUUCUUACAUAUGCGGUAAUGCAGAGCUGUUCGUUCAAAUGAAAGCAAAAGAAUUUCUUUCAAGUUUUGAACUUCUAAACAAAGAUUUCACAUUUACUAAUUUUAAAUACAUUAAAAUUUCAAUAAUUCCAGAAAACGUUCGAUGUCCCACCAUACGUAUUGGUUACAGCAGAGCACACAAAGGCAUCCGUAAAACACGACGCCGCCACGGUUUGGGUUGAAAAUAUCAAGACAAACGCAUUCACAGUGUGCUUAAGGGAACUGCAAAACUUUGAUGGACAGCAUAAAGACAUUAAAGUGGUAAGCUAAGGACCAUAUACUUUGCCCUUUUCGAUCCUUGUAACUGAAGAAACAGAGAGGAAUGUGGUAGUACAAUUUAAUAAAUGUCAAAGGUUUGCAGAAGAGUAAAAGUAAUUCCCUAAUUUAAGCCCAAAGAAUGAUCAGCAUCAGACACGUCAGCACGUCAGACUCAAGUUGAGAAUUUCUCAGAGUAGAAAAUUAGCAUAUAUACAUCCCGAACGAUUCCUAUGGUUAAAACUGACAUAAACCUACUUAUUUUUGUGUAGAAGCAAUAAAGGGUAAACUGAAAAUAAGGGGAAAACUUGGUCACGUGGUACAAAUUCACCUCUACCGCUUAACGUAUACGUGAAUCUUAAUCUUUGUCUUAACAAUUUUGUGUUUUACAGAACUGGAUUGCUUAUCGAAAACUACCAGAGACUCUCUUAUCCCAGCAACUUGAUCUGUAUUUCCCAAACAGUGGACUGCCCAGUCCUGACGAUCACAACGCUUUUUGUCAGGUUGGUCCCCUUGAUUAAACUUACAGUCCACUUUCUUUGCAAGAAUUAAAUCUUCGGAACGAUGUUUUGACUGAAACGUUUGACCCAAGACAAAUAAAAGGCCAGUCACCAUUAUUAAAUGAAAUCAUGGAAAAAAGGUGUCGUGCAUGUGUGCGAGACAGCACACCAUGAGGUAAAAUCUAAAAGUUCCUCGGAUGUAAGAUCGUAAGAAUGCACAGUUGGUUGGCUGCGAUACGCCUGUGAUAUUUAACGUCAUCUUAAAUUGCACGGGGAUGUCCUUGUAAGUGGGCAUUUUUAAACUCAUUGACUGUUUAAAUGCUUCUCGUAAUUAUGAGCCUUCACUGAGAAUACUUGAUUAAUAAAGAGCAAACUCACCGGCACAUAGGUAUAUUAUAACGACGAAACUAGUUGCGUCUUCAACUGCGAUGAUCUUUUUUGUAUUUAUUUGAAAAUAUUUCCCCUCGUUUUUUGGACUGAACAUUAGUUGUUUAUUUUUCAGAUCUUUGGUUUUUCCAAAACGUACAGUUCAGCACCAACAGUGAUUGCAUCAGCAGCACACGCAGCGGGAGCGAAUCUAAUCAAUCCACUCUACAACAGCAUUGCACCAUGGAUAGAGGUAAGUAAGAUCCGUUAUGUUAAAACUUUACCUUAGUCAACCCUGGAAUAAUUGCUAUUAGGAAGAAAAUACAUUGUAUCUCGAUGUACCAGCCGUUUUUGUUACUUUUAAUAAUAUUCUGCAAAUGACGAGUUAGAAAUCAGAGCUGAAGUCAUCAGAUUCUUUUGUAAAGAUUUUCGAAUGCCUUUUUGCUAAAUGCAUCUCAAUCUAUAUGGAAUUUUGCCCAGAAUAAUAGCACUUAUAAACAAACGAUAAAAAAUUAGAACAGAGUUAAUGUGGGCGUGUGGUCGUGUCCCAUAAAGAUAUUCAUAAAUACGUGCUUGUUAAACUGAUUAAAUUCUUCAGUUAACAUGAGCUGUUAAAACCUCUAAGAAGACAGGAAGAAAGGAAAUGGAAACUCGUGUGAUACUUAUACUUUUUUGUAUUUUUCUAUUUUGUGUUUAGCAAAUCAAUACAACCAACUGCCGUGUUUGUAUUAAAGAACUGACAAAUGAAAAUGGCUAUGACCCGGUGACUGUUAACAUGCUGGUUAUUGGUGAGUACGCCUUCCUUGUCUUUCCAAAAAAAAACUAUACUCAAGCGUUGUCAUGAUCGUUCAUCGCAAAAUUUAGUUUUUAAAUUGAUAGAAUUUAACAUUAAUUUACACUGAGCUUUAGGUCAGUGCAAUUAAUUUUUUUAUUUGUUAAAUUUUGCACAGGGACCCCAGGCAACAAAUGUAGCGGUGCAACCGGAAUCGGCGUUUCUAGUUCCCACAUCAUCCCUGACAGCAAAAUGACCGCUUCGUCUCGACAAAGCGAUCUAACAAGGCCUAGUUACGGUCGACUUAAUGGUGUGAGAGGCAACGGAUGGUGCGCAGGCACAGCUAGCAGCACGCAUGACUGGCUACAGGUGGAUCUUGGAAGAACAGUCAAAGUCUGUUCACUGUCCGCCCAGGGAGAAGUUAAUGGCAAUAGAUGGGUUACAGAUUUCAAGCUGCGCUACUCAACAGAUGGAAUUUCAUGGAGAUAUUAUAUGAAUGCAAAUGGGGCUCAAGUGGUGAGAUUCUUUAAUCUAAACAUUUUUGACUCCUUAUAUCGAAAUGCAAAUUUUCUUCACGUCAAUAGCAGAAUUCGCCAUUUGCACAUCUCCCUCAAUACACCUUCUUUCCCCCUACUGGGUGUUUAAAGUCGAGCCAAGUGAACCUGAAGACAAUGCUUUUGAGAAAGCAGAUGGCGGGCGAAUGCCGUCGUUAUAGCAUCAAUGGAGAAAAAUCGCCAAAAUUUAUCUUGUGUGAUGUCCUAAAAUAUUGCUUUAAGAAAUUACUGAAAAUAACUGACGCAGACGGAAAUUUUGUAGCUUUAGUUGCCUAUUGUUGCCUCAGCCCGUUUUUUCAGGUUCUUGUUUUAAAUCACGGCCAUGGCUACCCCGAAAACAUUAACCUUUAGAAAUAUACGUUCUAAAGAGUGGCCUGAGAGGCAUCCCAGAUCUUCAAGAUUGUUAAUUUCAAUAUAGAGCGGUUUUCAUUUGAGUGUCGAAAAGUAAUUGGUUUUGCACUUUCUACACGAUGCGAUUGGCUUAAAAGAUUCGCGCCACCUUUUCAUCCAAUCAGAAGUAAAACCAAAGCCAACUGUGACGCGCUCGCAUGCAUUUUCCCGCGCUUUGCGUCAGCCACAUGUAAUUACUUCGAGUUUUGAUUGGUUCAAUGUAUUGUCUGUGUCCUACCUGAUUGGCCAGAGUAAUUACUUUGGUUUUGGUUUUACGACACUCAAACGAAAACCACUCUAAUCAUCACUGUUAAGUGACACGGUUUACUUAGAAUACAUUAUUUCAACUUUCAAAUAUUUUCCUCUAGCGUGCUUAGUAUAUAAUAUUAACAGUACCAAUAAUUCUCGCUCCAAAGUGGUAUCCAGUCAUCAGUGACUCAGACUAGCGAAAACUUCUCAUUCUCUCAUUUCAUAUGUAUAGGAAUUUCACAGAGUAGCGGUGGCUAACAGUUCCAUGGUAACUGUCCACAAGCUACCAGUGACAAUUACAGCAAGAUACCUUCGUUUUAAUCCGACCAAACAGCAAAACUGGAACUGUCUUAGAGUGGAAGUUUCUGGUUAG